UCAUGAGUACACGAGUUAUGACACCUACCUGUUGAUGUAGCAGUUAGGUCCUAAGUUGGAAGUGAAACUUCUAGCUUACAAAACUUGAAAGUUUUCGAGGUCAAGGUCAUUAAUCAAUUUUGGCGACGUCGAAGUCAGUAGUAGACUUUAUAUUUUAGAUGAAUAAAAUGAAUUUUUGAUCAAAUAUAUGUUUUAUUUUUUCUUUUAGAUAUAUUUUGCAUAUCGAAAUGUUCACAUAAUAACGCAAUAAUAUCUCAGUAUUUUGGCGGUAAGGAUUAUUCCUCCUCACAUUUAAUCGCCAUGGCAGAGGGACUACAAAAACGAUUACAAACCGAGUAUGAAAAACUCAAAUCUGUACAAAAAGAUUAUCAGAAAUAUGUGACCACAAGACAACAGCUGGAUGCACAACUUCAAGAGAAUACUUUAGUAAAAGAGGAAUUAGAUAACCUGGAGGAUGGUGCAAAUGUAUACAAGAUGAUGGGUCCUGUCCUUGUGAAGCAAGACCAGACAGAGGCUAAGUCCAAUGUACAGAAAAGAAUAGAAUAUAUAAAUGGAGAAUUAAAACGCCAUGAAACGAUUAUCAAAGAUCUCGAGACAUGCGGAAGUAAACAAGGAAAAGACGACUACGAAGAAUCUCAAACACUGGCAGCUGGUAAAAUCCAGACAAUGGCAAAGCAUGCUCUUAGCCUAAAGAUUCUUGGUGAAUGCUCAACUACAAAGGCACGUGUCUGUCAGCUGACACUCCCUCAUCAGGUCGUAGACACUCCAGUGUUCAUGCCAGUUGGUACCCAGGGAACACUGAAAGGCAUCCUACCCGAGCAAUUAGAAGACUUAGGUUGUCAGAUAAUGCUGUCUAAUACAUACCACCUAGGUCAUAGGCCAGGGCCUGAGUUAUUAACACAAGCUGGAGGCCUACAUAAUUGGAUGAGAUGGAAUCGAGCUCUACUUACAGACAGUGGAGGAUUCCAGAUGGUUUCGUUACUGAAACUUGCAGAGAUUACAGAACAAGGAGUGAAGUUUGAAUCACCACAUGAUGGUUCUGAGAUGAUGCUGACCCCCGAGGAAUCUAUGAGAAUACAGAAUAGUAUUGGGGCAGACAUCAUGAUGCAGUUGGAUGAUGUAGUCAGCAGUACUACCUCAGGACCAAGAGUAGAGGAGGCAAUGCACAGGUCAAUCCGUUGGUUGGACAGAUGCAUCAAGGCCCACAAGAACACAAGUAAGCAGAACCUGUUUGCUAUUGUACAAGGAGGUCUGGAUGAGACACUUAGGAAUCAGUGCAUAGAAGAGAUGACUAAACGUGAUGUCCCUGGGUUUGCAAUAGGAGGCUUAAGUGGAGGGGAGGAGAAACAACAUUUUUGGAAAAUGGUGAACAUUUCAACAGACUCUUUGCCGAAAGAGAAACCCAGAUACCUGAUGGGAGUUGGUUAUGCUGUUGAUCUUGUCGUAUGCAGUGCUCUUGGCUGUGAUAUGUUUGACUGUGUCUUUCCAACAAGAACUGCUAGGUUUGGCACAGCUUUGGUUCCAAGUGGUCAACUUCAGCUAAAGAAGGAGGUUUAUGCCAAUGAUACACGACCAAUAGAUGACAACUGUGAAUGUUUGACAUGCAGAAACUAUUCCAGAGCUUAUUUACAUUCUAUUGUUACUAAGGAAACCAUAGCCUGCCAUCUAGUGACUCUUCAUAAUGUUGCUUACCAGUUAAACCUAAUGAAGUAUGUGAGAAAGAGUAUAAUGGAGGAUACACUUCCCAAGUUUAUACAGAACUUUAUGUUAGAGCAGUUUCCACAUAAACAAUACCCCCAAUGGGCAGUAGAUGCAUUGAGUACUGUCGGUGUGACGUUACUAUAGUAGCAAUUGCAUAUUGGAUUAAACAAGAAAGCUGAUUGAUUGUGUGUUUCACAUGAGGCAAGAGAGCUCGUUGAUUGUGUGUUUUAUACAUAAGCAGAACAUUGCCCUGAAAGCUAAUGGUUCUCAUUAUGUGCAAAAUGUAUUUAAAGGGGACUAAAAACAAGAAAUUAAAUACCGGUUUCAUGGCUGACCAAUCCAGUGCAAUCCAAUUCACAAUUUUAGAAAUAAAUUAUAAAUCAAUAAAUACAACCCAAAAUAUAGCCAGAUCUGAGAUUGUUUUCUUAGUUUUUUGUAUUACCACUCUAAACUACUACAUAACACAUUCUCAAGGUUGACAUAUGAACCAUACCCUUAAUAUCACUAUAUUAAAACAACCAAUCAUAUGCCCUCAUUAUGAAGCCCAUUGUACUAUCCAGACAGCAUUUUAAAGAUCAUGGACUUUAAAACAGACAAUUAACUAAAGCUGUUUUUAUCAAUCACAUUUUCAA